AUGUUUGCGCCGCUCCCAAAAUUAUUGUUUAGUCGCUUAAUAGCUGAAUUAAAACAAAUUAUUAAUAACAAUUAUUUUAUUGUUGCAAACAAUAAAUUUCAAUUGAGAUUUCAAGCACUGAAAGCUGAUUUACCGUGCAGAGCGUUAUGUUUAUGUUUAAAGCAGCACAACGGAUAUUAUGCGUGCAGCAAUUGUUUACAACGUGGACAAGUGUUAGGAGAUCGAAAUAAUAUUGUUUAUUAUCGAUAUGAACAAAAUCAGCAACCCCGUACUCAUCGUCAGUUCAAGGCUGCGUCUCAUCAAGCUCAACUCAAUAACGGUCAAUUAUCAAUAGAAGGUAUACAUGGUAAAACACCACUUUUGGAAUUAUCGUUCAAUGUAUAA